UUAAAUAAGUUACUCUGUAGCGGAAUCCGAUGAGAAAAUAAAAAUAAUCGCAAAUUCUUUAAAUAAUAAACAUUUAUUUUAUGUUUGAGCAACUAGUGAUUAAUAUAACUUCGUCGAAUCUACAUUACUAAUUGAACGAUAAAAUGGAUAAACAUAACAGUUCAGAGUUACUUAACUCAGAUUUUUCUCUUUCAAAAAAUGCGAGCUCUGACUCACUUGAUUCUGAUUCUAAAUCAAGUUCAUUAAAUUCUAAACACGGACAAGACUCACCUCAUGUACUCGGUGAUAUCCAGCUUCUGGAUGGUGAGAAGGUGAUGGGUGUGGCCAAAGAUGUGACAUACCUGUGCCCAUACAGUGGGCCAUCUCACGGGGUGCUGAAAGUCACCAACUACCAGAUACACUUCAGGCCCACAGAUAUUGCGAUGCAACACAACAUUUUGAGUGUACCCCUUGGAGUGGUGUCUCGCAUUGAAAAAGUGGGUGGUGCAUCAUCCAAAGGAGAAAACUCUUAUGGCAUUGAAAUAUUCUGCAAGGACAUGCGAAACCUGCGUUUUGCACACAGACAAGAGAACCAUUCUCGGCGCGGAAUCUUUGAGAAGCUGCAGCAGCUAGCAUUCCCGCUGUCUCACCGACAACCCCUAUUCGCAUUCAGCUACUCCGAGUCCUUCCCAGAGGACGGCUGGCAGGUUUAUGAUCCCGUUGCGGAGCUCAGGCGAAUGGGUGUAAACAACGACAUGUGGCGCAUCACCCGCAUCAACGACAAGUAUGAAGUCUGCGACAGCUACCCGGCGGUGUGGGCGGUGCCGGCGGCGGCCAACGACGACUUGCUGCGGUCCGUCGCGGCGUUCCGGUCCCGGGGGCGCAUACCGGUGCUGUCCUGGAUACAUCCGAGCUCGCAGGCUACUAUUACGAGGUGCAGCCAGCCGCUUGUUGGGGUAAGCGGCAAGCGCAGCCGCGAAGACGAGCGCUACAUCCAGCUGAUAAUGGACGCCAACGCGCAGGCGCACAAGCUGUUCAUCAUGGACGCGCGGCCCAGCGCCAACGCCAUCGCUAACAAGGCUAAAGGGGGCGGAUACGAGUCUGAGGAUGCCUAUCAGAAUGCCGAGCUGGUGUUCCUCGACAUUCACAACAUCCACGUAAUGAGGGAAAGUCUACGAAAGCUAAAGGAACUUUGUUUCCCACAGAUUGACCAAAAUAAAUGGUUCAGUGGUAUAGAGGCCAGCUGUUGGCUGAAACACAUAAAAUGCAUUUUGGCUGGUGCUGUUCGCAUCGUAGAUAAGGUGGAGAACCACAAGACAUCAGUGCUGGUGCACUGCUCGGACGGGUGGGACCGCACGGCGCAGCUCACGGCGCUGGCGAUGCUCAUGCUGGACCCCUUCUACCGCACGCUGCGCGGCUUCCAGCUGCUGCUCGAGAAGGAGUGGCUCUCGUUCGGACACAAGUUCCAGCUGCGCAUCGGACACGGCGACGAGCGCCACUCCGACGCGGAUCGCUCCCCUGUCUUCCUGCAGUGGCUGGACUGCGUGUGGCAGCUGCAGCAGCAGUUCCCCGCCGCCUUCGAGUUCAACGAGCGGCUGCUGCUCACCGUGCUGGACCACCUGUACUCGUGCCGCUUCGGCACCUUCCUGUGUAAUACGGAGCGGGAGCGGGUUAAGGAAGAACUGAAGACGAAGACGGUAUCCCUCUGGUCGUACAUCAACAGCUGCCCACAGCUGUACCUCAACCCUCUCUACUGGGGCGGCGGCGGCGGCGGCGGGCGACCUCAAGCCGUGUUGGUUCCGGUGGCGUCAUUGAGGCUGAUCACGCUGUGGAAGCCGUUGUACUGCCGGUGGAACCCUACUAUGCGGCAACAGGACCCGAUAUACCAGCGCACGCGAGAGUUGGUCGCAUUACGAGCGCAACUGGAGGCGGCGGUGGCGGCGGCGGCGGGCGAGCACGCGGCGCGCGCGGCCAGACUCGCGCUAACCCCGCCGCGCGGCGCCAGCCCGCACCACGUGUGAAGAACUGGACUAGUGUAAGAUUAGUAGUAAGUGGCUGGAUAUCAACGGCUAAUAAGAUACAUAUUAGUACACCUGAGCGCUGCUCCUUAUGCGUCUGUCGCUGGUGGCGCGGCCAUUAAGAUCACGAUGAUUAGUAGAUUAACAAUACUUCAUACUAAAGCUGGUCGCCCUGGAACUAGAAGCGAAGUCACAACUAGAGGCGGCGGUGGCGGCGGCGGCGGGCGAGCACGCGGCGCGCGCGGCCAGACUCGCGCUGACCCCGCCGCGCGG